AUGACUUCCAACCGGACGCCAGAUCAACCGGGGCCAGAAGUGUUGGAUAUGGGGUUCCCCCACCUGUUGGAUCAUCCGGCCAGUAACUCAGUCAAUGUAAUUCCACUGAAAGACAGUCUUCUCGACAUGGGUUUCGACACACUUCCAGUUCAACAUGAGCAUCCGGACCAGAUGCCUUUGGAUAUGGGCUUUGGCAUCAAUCCGGUUGAUUAUGUACCCGAUCGGUCAGUCGAUAUUGAACCGGAAGACAGGCCUUUGGACAUGGGCUUUGGUAUCCAUCUGGUUCAUAAUUUUCCGGAUCAGUCAUUGGAUAUUGGACCUGACGAUAUGCAUUUGGACAUGGGAUUUGAGACACCGGAUCUGGUAUAUCUUUCGUCGGAUUGGUCCUUGAAUCAACUGGAACCCAUUGGAUUUGUCAUUCAGCGCGCUGUAGGGGAUUUGCGCUUGGCGACACACUGGUUGGAGAUGCAAAGGGCCCAUGGCACAAUGUCACCGGAAGAAGCAUCUUGGCCUGUGUGGUGGAUGGAGCGGAAUCUUCCUCCGAUUGAGAUCAGACAGCUCUGCCCCGCUGUAACACUCGCAUCCUCCCUGGGCUGCAAAGAUACCUUGGUCGACGAUAUCCGACAUACUCCCGCAGGCGUAUCUGCUCCGCACUUCCACUCCGCACUGUCCGUCCAUGUCCUUUCCAUGUCCGCUAUCUCCGUUGUUCUUGCCUACGGGUUCCGGAUGCUCACGUAG